CCCGCUUUCUUGCUUCUAGGAGCCCUGCUGCAGCUUCCGCUCCAGCCAACCAGUGCUUCUCCGACGUCGUGGUUCGCUGACGAGCGAGUCUGGGCUGCACAAUCUCCUCUUGCGGCGACCCAACUCAUCCAGGAUGCGAAGACCUUCGUCCAAAAUGGACUGAAUUCACUGAGCGGAACGCAAACGGUGUGCCUCCAUCUCCGGGCGCUUCUGAGCCAGCUCCAAGUAGCCGGCACCAUCACUCUGUCCACGACCGGCCCUCCGUCUCCCGACAACAGUCUUCUGCAGCACCCCGAGUUCUGGGGCAACGUGGUCACGAUCCAGCAUGCA